AAUAGCCACGCAAGCCACUGGAAUCAUAACAUUGCAUUUGAAGAGUCUUUACUAACCCUGACAUCAUGGUUUUAGCUUUUUAAUUUCGCUUUUUCUGAUGACGGUUAUUUCCGUUUAUCUCGGAGAAGCGGAAGUUAGAGAAAAACUAAACUAUAUUUGAGCGCACUGCUAGCAAAACAUGUCAUUGGCCGCCGCGAAAGCAGCAACAGCAGCAACUAGCGAUAGCUAGCAAAUGGCUGCUUGGCUGUGAUGUUUGUCACUGAGCGAAAUGACAAGACGACGAGCAAAAUAGUUGUGAAGGUGCUGGGGGCUUGUGUCCUGUACAGGGAAACUGUUAGUUAACAGUAUGUGACACAUUAGCACUCUGCUGACUAAAAAAAGGGGGGUGGGAGUUGGUUUAAAUCAAGAUGCCUCGUCUGGAAGUGUUGGCCAACGUUGCUCUCAGGGUGCCGAGCAUACUGGUGCUAGACCUGCUCUACAAAUGUGACAUUGAAGGUGUAACGGAGCACCUCAAGGCAAAAAAUGAAGACAUGCUCUUCAAAUACAAGUAUGUCAUCUGGAACAUGUAUUACAUUGGUCAUUUGAUAAAUGUGGUGGUGUUAAUCCUUCCAUUGAGACACAUUGUGACACUCUACCUCCAUAUUCUCACCGGCCUCCUCCUAUACAUGGGGCAUCAGAUUUCCAAGGAUUAUGUUCAUGAAGAGCUACAGUAUGGUUAUCAAGGAGCAGUGUAUCGUGAUUCUUUGGCCUUCAACAGAUUUGUCUCUGCAAUGACUAGUCAGAUUAUUCUCAGCACACUGUGUGCCUUCUUGAUGAAGACCAAAAAGGUGUGGUUGUUCUCUGCUCACAUGCUCCCCCUGCUGGCUCGACUUUGCGCCACGCCUCAUGCCAUGCUGCUAACGGUCAACACUUUCUCCAUGGGCCUGACUGGAGUGGGAAUCGCCGUGUUCCUGCUGUCAAAUAUCUUUGUGCCAUACCGUCUUGCAAGGGCUGCCUACUCUGAGCUGCUUCACCUGGAGGUAAUUGAGCUGUACAGACUUCUGGGUGUGGGAAUCUCUCUGUGGAACCAGUUUGCUGUCCCAGUCCUCUUUAGCGUCUUCUGGUUUAUUCUAUUCAUUGUCCAGCUGUGCUCAGACAUCAUGUCCGCUGGCACCUCAAUAACCCAUCAUGGGAUCAUGUUCUUCCUCCUCACAAGUGUCUCUGAAUGUUGUGCAACACCAUACUCUCUUUUGGGUCUGACCUUCAUGGUGUCCUAUCUGGCUCUGGGGCUGCUCAAUCUAUGCAAGUUUUACCUGGGAGGUUUUGCCGCUGUUCAGAACGAGAAUGUCAUGCACAGAGGUGUGACUGAGGGCGUCACUCUGCUCCUCCUCGCCAUUCAGACAGGCCUGUUGGAUAUGCAAGCACUGCAGCGCACCUUCCUCCUCAGCAUCAUCCUCUUCAUCGUGGUGACCUCAACCCUGCAGUCAAUGAUAGAAAUAACAGAUCCAGUUAUUCUCGCACUGGGUGCAUCACGAAACAGGAGUCUGUGGAAACACUUCCGUGGCCUCAGCAUGUGUUUGCUUCUCCUGGUUUUCCCAGUGUUUAUGGCUUACAAGAUCUCCCAGUUCUUCCACAUGGAUUUCUGGCUCCUCAUACUAGUAUCCAGCUGCAUGCUUACAUCCCUUCAGGUUACAGGCACUAUGCUGAUCUACUCCCUCUUCAUGGUGGAGCUGUUUCGCAGCGACCCAAUUGAGAGCCUGGACGAAGUGAUCUACUGGGUGAACGCUGUCAGCCGUGUGUUGGAGUUUGUUGUGGCACUGUGCGUGGUGGCUUAUGGCACCUGGGAGUCACUCUUUGGAGAGUGGAGCUGGAUGGGUGCCUCCGUCAUUAUCAUCCACUCAUAUUUUAACGUUUGGCUCAGAGCGCAGUCUGGCUGGAGGAGCUUCCUGCUCAGACAGGAAGCAGCUAAGAAGAUCAACUCCCUGCCCAGAGCCACAGCUCAGCAGCUGCAGGAGCACAAUGAUGUGUGCGCCAUCUGCUUUCAGGAAAUGAGCUCUGCCGUGAUCACAUAUUGUGGACAUUUCUUCCAUUCUAACUGCCUCCGCAAAUGGCUGUAUGUUCAGGAGACGUGCCCCAUGUGCCACCAAACGGUACGACCGACACCGCCGGGUCAGAGCCAGGCAUCAGCUGACAGCCCGGCCGCCCCACCUCAGAGAGACGCGGAGCCUGAUCCAGCUGCACCAGAGGGAGAUCAGAAGCUGGAUACAGCAACAGUGCAGGAGACACAGAGCAACAGUGUAACUCCUGAUGACACUGAGCAGCAGGAGGGAAGGGAAAGCUUUGAGAAUGGAGAAAAUAGUGAAGCCCAUCAGGGUCUUCAUUACAGCCCCAGUGGGGACUGUGUUGAAUGUGUCCAUGCAGUGCGUUCAGGGGACCUUUCAAGUUCUCAUACGCCUCAAAAUAAAAAUCCUCCCAACACGCCCAACCAAGCUGAGGAGAGUGGUAAGGACUCCAUACUGCCAUCUACCCUGAAAACUGUUACAACAGAGGGCCAGUCUGCCUCUGAACUAGCAGAGGUUGAGGACAGCAUUCAUUUCAGUCCUAGAUGUGAUGGGACACCUGAAUCAUGGAAGCGCUUCAAUUCACCAGAGGCAAACAAUACAGAGAAAAAUCAAGAGGGAAUCUCAAGUGGAAAAACACUUGUUGACAGUCCAUCAUCUGUCCAAUCGUGUAAUAAAAACUCAGAACUCUGCACUGAUCGUGCCCAAAGUUAUAAAGGUAGCUGCACAUAUUCAGACUCAGAAAGCCUCAGAGAGGUUGAACCUGCUCCACAGAGCCUUGAGCUCAGCCUACGUAGAAGCACAGACACCAGUGACUGACUGCCCUGUACCAGUGCCUUGAAGGGUAUAAAAGCAUAAUUCUCAAUAAUAGGAAAUUAAAAACAUUUGGCUUCUCUGUGUGAACCAAUAGAUUGGGGGGGGGAAAUGCCAGACAGUAUAAUGAAUGUGCUUUGGUCUAACAAAUAAUGUGUAUCUCGACUAAAUAAUGAGAUUAAAUUGUGUUCGAUAAAUGUACAACUUUAAAGAAAUGUUAAAUAAAGAUCAUGUUUAAUAAAAAAA